AUGUUCACCGGGACGUAUCCACACGUCAGUGGACAUCGAAGUCUCGAGAACCUCAUCAAGCCCUGGGAGCCAAACAUGUUCCGCAGUCUGAAGGAGGAUGGGUACCACGUCGCAUGUUUAGCGCCAAGAGGCGAUACAUUUGCGCCAACCGUGACCGAGCUCAGCGUGACGGAGUACGGAUUCCUGGAGACUCCCGAGUUCGUACCAAAGUUUGCAGGUGGUGGCAGGCCUGUUGAUGAGAGCAUAUGGGGUCGCCUGUUCUACAAGGGUCUUCGGAACGCAGAAGAGGCCUUGGACUACGACGAUGGAGUUGUGCGCUCAGCGUUGAAGUGGCUGGACUGCCCGCCUGAGGACAAGCCUUGGGUUCUGUUCAUGCCACUCAUCUUUCCGCAUUGCCCUUUCCAGGUUGAAGAACCAUACUUCUCCAUGUAUAACAGGUCACAGCUGACCGGAGAAAUUGUAAAUCCUGCAGAGAAGACAGGCUACGAGCCAAGAUACAUGAAGAUCAAUCGGGAGCGAUACGACACUGCCCGAGCGACUCCAGAGAUAUGGGCAGAGGUGAAAGCAACAUACUAUGGUAUGAUCACAAGGCUGGACGAUCAGUUCGGACGUGUUGUUCAGAAGCUUGACAGCCUAAACCUGUGGGGUGACACAGUCACCAUGUUCUUUACAGACCAUGGCGAGUACUUGGGUGAUCAUGGUAUGAUCGAAAAGUGGCCAUCGGGUUUGUCCGAUAGCCUCACACACGAGCCACUUAUAAUCGGUGGUGGAGGCCUCCCGCAAGGUCGCGUUUCUGACGUGAUGGCAGAGAUGGUUGACCUGGUACCCACCAUCUUUCACCUGUCCGGGAUCGGAGAGCACUUUCCACACAAUGGCAUUAGUUUGGUACCGGUCCUGGUCGACGGCGAAACUUUCCAUAAGACUUACGCUUUCACAGAAGGCGGUUUCCUGAUCAGCGAAGAGCCCUUAUUGGAACAAGCACCGUUUCCAUACGAUAUCAAGGCAAACCUCCAACACGAGGAUACCUCAUUGGUCGGCAAAGCUAUCAGCAUUCGCGAUAAAGAGUGGACCUAUGUCUAUCGACUGUACGAGCCAGCUGAGCUUUACAAUCGACGAAGCGAUCCAGGCGAGCUGCACAAUGUGGCAGCGGAUGCAGAGUACAAGCCAGUUGCGGACAUGCUUCAAGGUGAAAUCUUCAGAUGGUUGGUGGCUGGAUCGGAUUUCUUGCCUUGGCAAAAGGAUGACCGAUUCCCUAAAGUAGACUUGAAGUCGCCGAAAGAGCAGUUGGAGGAAAGAUUGUCGAGAGCUGGAAGGUAA